AUGCGCCGAUACAGGACAGGAGGCUCUGCAGGCGGCAGGGCCAAUGGCGGCGUCAUGGUGCCGGAUCCCUUCGCCAUGGUGCGCGCCUACGAGUCCGACACAAACCCCACCAGGCCCAUCCGCCCCUCGCCCCUCACCGCGUCCACCAUCCAGGGGCUGCCGCUGGAUCUGCUGGACAGGCUGCGCUCCUUCCCGCUGUUCCUCUCCGCCCCCGACACCUUCCUCGCCGCCGUGGGCAUGCACCUCAAGCCGCAGCUGUACCAGGCACACGACACCAUCCUCACCGAGGGCGAGCAGGGCAAGGCCAUGUACUGGCUGGUGCGCGGCUCCGUCCGCGUCACCUCGCGCGACGGAGAGAGCACAUAUGCAGAGCUGAAGCCCGGCGCCUUCUUUGGCGAGAUUGGCAUCCUGAUGAACAUCCCGCGCACCGCCACCAUCAUCGCCAGCACGCGCUCGCUGGUCGUGCGCCUGCACAAGGAAGCACUAGAAAAGGAACUCCCCAAGUUCCCCGAAGUAGAACAUGCCAUCAUGGACGAGGCCAAAGAACGCCUGGCCAUCCUCGAGCGUAAGAAGAAGGAGGUCGGCAGGAAGCCCGCCAUGGGGCUCGUGUCGCGACCCAUCAAGCGCACCAUAGACCGCGUCGAUGGGGAUGUAGUCAUGACCGAGCGGGGCUCCGUUCAAGACGGAGAAGUCAUAAGCCAAUACAAGAAGCGGAAAUCUCCGAGCCCAGGUCUCGCAGAUGUCGCAGCCAUGAGCGUUUUCGGCAACGGCAGUCUGCCUGUGAGACUGCUGCUCAAAGAACUGCCCCUAUUCUCGAGCCUGCCAUCCGAAAUCUUGCACUUCAUUGGUCUCAAUGCACAGCCCUGCCAUUUCCCGCCCUUCACCGACAUAAUCAAGCAGGGCACACAAGGACGCGACGUCUUCUUCAUCGUCAAAGGCGAGGUCGAAGUAGUCAACGCCCAACCACCCCUAGAAAAUGGACAUGCCACCAUGCAUAAUCGAAGAAACUCGAUUGCUGCAGGCGAGCAGAGCCUCCAGUCUGUCAAAGCCCGCCUAAGACCCGGGCAAUACUUUGGCGAGGUCACCAGUCUGUCGCUUGCACCUCUUCGCACUGCGACUGUUCGCUCUGUGUCGUCUGUUGAGUGUCUGAUGAUUAGCGGCGACAUUCUCAACCAGCUGUGGGAAAUGUGCGGCGCCGAUCUGCGUCGCCAGGUGGAGCAGGUCGCAAAUGAACGACUGAAAGCCGCCAAGGACACUGACACGCCCAUGGCCGACUCUACAGAGGCCCCGAAAAUCGAUUCCUUGAUCAUUGCUGACCUCAAAGCACCGCGGACACCUCGGAAAGGAAGUGUUCCGACAGUCACCUUCGAAGAUAUGCCGACCACAAUCGACAGUCCAUUGACGCCCUCACGGAGAGAGGAGAAGACGAUGGAGCCAUUUGAUCCGGAUCCUUUCCUCAACGUUGACCUCGACAACGUUCGCUCUCGAUCCCGAAGAGGCUCUCUCGCCCCGCCACCACCGGACUCUCCCACUGGCUCCUCCGUCAUUGUCCCUAAAUCACCCUCUCCAAGCUCGACUCCACUUUCGCCCUCUCCUUUGUUCAAGCAUACAACAACACCACCAGAAACCACUUUCGAAAUCAAAAGACCAAGAGUAAUGACCAGGAGGCCAAGUAGAUUCAACAAGGGGCUUUUACCUGAUUCCAUCAUCAUUGGAAUCUUCAAACAUCUGGACCUCUGCGAAUUGAUGCGCCUACGGCUUGUGACGACGCAUUGGAAACAACUCAUACUUACCUCUCCGGAUAUACUUCACACGCUAGACCUCAAGAAGCAUAAUCGCCGCGUAACAGAUCGCACAUUACAGGACAUCAUCUGCCCAUUCGUGGGCAAUCGCCCCACCUUUGUCGAUAUAAGCAACUGCUUCCACGUAACAGACGAAGGUUUCGCUGCGCUGGGAGCUACUUGUGCUCCCAACGUCAAGAUAUGGCGCAUGAAGAGCGUGUGGGACAUAACAGGGCCUGCCGUGCUCGACAUGGUACAAAAAGCAAAGGGGCUCGAAGAAGUGGAUCUGAGCAAUUGCCGGAAAGUGGGUGACAAUCUUUUGGCUCGUGUGAUCGGAUGGGUCGUCCCUGAACUGCCUGUGGGGAUGGCACAGGCACAGCAAGCGCAGAUGAAUCACCGGCGUUCGUUCGGCCAAAAAGGCGCCAAUGGGCAGCAGAUGCCGCAACCGCUGCCUCCAGGCACAGUCGUAGGAUGCCCGAAACUGCGACGGCUUACGUUGAGCUACUGCAAGCACAUUACAGAUCGUUCAAUGGCACACAUUGCAGUGCACGCAAGCCCCCGAAUCGAGCAGAUUGAUCUGACAAGAUGCACGACUAUUACCGACAUUGGCUUCCAACACUGGAGUGUGUACUCCUUCCCGCGGUUGACGAAGCUCUGUCUAGCGGAUUGCACAUACCUGACCGACAACGCGAUUGUUUACCUGACCAAUGCGGCCAAAGGGCUGAGGGAGCUGGAUCUGUCGUUCUGCUGCGCGCUCUCCGACACUGCAACUGAAGUCCUCGCCCUCGGCCUCCCCAUGCUCACCCACCUCAACCUCGCCUUCUGCGGCUCCGCCGUCUCCGACACAUCUCUCCGAUGCAUCUCCCUGCACCUCCUCGAGCUGCGCCACCUCUCCGUCCGCGGCUGCGUCCGCGUCACGGGCACCGGUGUCGAAGCCGUCGUGGAAGGCUGCAGGGACCUGGAGCUCUUCGACGUCAGCCAGUGCAAGAACCUGCAACGGUGGAUCGACGCAGGUGGUCCCGAGAGCGUGCGGAGCAGAGGACGAAAAGUCGUAUUUGAAACGGUUGCGGAUGGCAAGUGGAGGACCGCGAAGCGGUGA